AGUCGCCAAAUUUCCGAUUUGGGGGGGGUAUAUCAAAGUAGUUCCGCAUUUUAUUCAGAAAGAAUAUGUAUUCCAAAAGAGAAUAAACAAAUAUUUGUUCGCAAAUAAUUCUGCACUCCGAAAACGGCAUACUGCUACCCAUUUGUGUCGUCUGCAAAAAUUUCAAACAAGUUUGUUUGUCGGAGAUAUGUCCAGCAAUUCACUUCCACUACAUUAUUCUGGGAAAUAUCAAGGAAGCUUUGCAUACCUAACAAUAAAGGAUAGGUUACCAGUUAUUCUUGUAAAAGUUGUGGAUUCUUUAUGCAGGGAUAAAGCUGCUAUUGGUAAUUUACAUGGAGAGUUGGCAAAAGAAGAGGUAAAAGAAAUUAUUGGUAGACUUUCUUGCCUUCAGAAUGAAAUGGUUACUAAUAAACUUAUUAAACCACUUUCAUGCAUUAGUGAAGAUACAGAGUCUUGGAAUAACUACUUAAAAAAACAAGAAGAAACAUGCGAUUAUGCUCCUGCAUGGUUUGACUCACCAUGGCUGUAUGUUGAAUGCUAUUUGUAUCGAAGAAUGAAGGAAGCUUUUGAAUUAAGUUCUGUCUUGAAAGAUUAUGACUAUUUUCGGAAACAAAAAGAGGAAGCUUUUCUGCAGUCCAUGGAUGCUGUGGUUUUACUAUGUUCUGAACUGAAUCAAACAGUCUCUAGCAUUCAAAAGUCUAAUGAAAAUGAGCUGUACAACUAUUUUAGACACUAUCUGGAAAUUUCUCUGUGGGGCAACAAGUGGGAUCUAUCAAUUUCUGCAGGGAAGGAAAGUGUUCAGCAGCCCAAUCCACUAAAUCAAUUAAAGGAGUGGAGAAGAGAUAUUCUUGUAAAUCAUACAGAAACAGUGUGGCAAAUAUUGCAAGAAGCAAAGAGCACAACUAAAGAAGUUCAGAUCGAUUUCAUAUUGGACAAUGCUGCUUUUGAGCUUUUUUGUGACUUUUGCUUUUUGCAUUUUCUAGAUUCCUGUGGAAUAGUAAAUAAAGUGCGCCUUCAUGUCAAAAGAAUGCCAUGGUUUGUUUCAGAUACCCUAUACAGUGAUAUCAAAUGGUUCUUAGAAAUUUUAUCUCAAUCUUCACAAGAAAAUCUGGCAAAAUUUGGCAAAGAAUGGACUAAUAAAUUUUUUACUAAACAAUGGACUAUAGAAAAUAACACAUUUUGGACUCUUCCUCAUGAUUACAGCGAAAUGCUUGACGAAGAUUCUAAAUUAUACCAGAGUUUAAGCAAAAGUGAUCUGCUGAUUUUUAAAGGUGACUUAAAUUAUAGAAAACUUACUGGCGAUAGACAGUGGAGUGAAACCACACCCUUUCUCACUGCUCUGAAUGGAUUUUUCCCUACAUCUUUAGUAUCUUUAAGAGCAGUUAAAGCUGAUGUUAUAGUAGGAUUAGAGCCUGGGACUUCAGAUAAUUUAAGCAAACUGUGUGAAGAUUGGAAAUUUACUGGAAAAUAUGCUGUUAUACAGUGUCAUAAAUGCACAAAUUAGGUUCUUAUGUAGUUUGUCUUUUUUCAUUUUGCUUUAAGCCUUAAGUUUAUCAAAUUGUUACCUAAGUUUAUGAAUUUUAUUUUUGAUUUAAUUAAAAUAACUUAUUAUA